AUGGCCUCUCCUGCUCUCCGUAAUGUUGCUUCGCAAUGCCGCAAGAGUCGCCGAGUCAGCAUUAGGUCCCGGCUGACUGUCCAAAGGNACCACAUCACCGAGUUGGGUAACAAGAAGCCAGCAAACCCUUUUUUCUUCCUGAAGCCUCCAUCAUCCAUUCUUCUCAAGGGUGAUGGACCUGUUCUGCGUCCCAGAGGUGUCAAUGUUCACUACGAGGUCGAGCUAGGCCUUGUCAUGGGUCGCAAGGUCAGAGAUCUCGACCCCAAUGACACCCAAGCUGCUUUGGACUCUAUCGAAAGUUACCUUCUUACCAUUGACAUGACCGGUCGCAAUGUUCAAGAAGAAGCCAAGAAGAAGGGUCUUCCUUGGAGCAUCGCAAAGGGCUUCGACACCUUUCUCCCAAUUGCCGGUCCUAUCGCCAAGUCCAAGAUCCCCGAUCCUCACAACAUCGAGUUGUUCUUGAGUGUCAAUGGCGAGAUGAAGCAGAAUGACAACACCAACCUCAUGCUCUUCCAGAUCCCUAGGCAAUUGGCCGACAUCAGCAGAGUCAUGACUCUUGAGAAGGGCGACAUCAUCUUGACUGGUACCCCUAAGGGUGUGGGGUCCGUCAAGACAGGUGAUGUUAUCAAAGCUGGCAUGCGUGUGGAUGGCAAGGAAAUUGAAGAAGCUAGCAUUGAGGUCGAAGUCAAGGAUCGCGACGGUCCUUACGAGUUUAGCGAGACAUAA